CUGAGUCGCUUGGGAAUUUUGCAUUAAAACUGGAUUUAAUUAGUGAAUUAGUUGAUAGUGGACAUCGCGUAAAAUUUAUAGAUAAUGCAAUGAACUCUGUGCCAAAUCGCGAUUUUAUGGAGGUGCAUCCGCUGCAUCAACACCAGCCGCAUUGCAAGCAGCAGUGCUUUGUGUUCACAGAGAUCGCAGAUAUCGAGCUGCCAGCUGAGAUAACCAAGUUUGGCGGCGGUAGUGAGAAAUUGCGUUGCUCAAAUGGUGGCAUUCCAGCCUACAACUGCAAGAAAGACAGUUGCAGCGAGUCUUCUGCCGAGCGCCCAGGACGUUCACGUGGGCGCAAAAUUAUUAUUGGCGUAUGCCUGGUUUUAGUAUGUAUUGCUAUGGCAGGCGGAAUCCCUUUGGCACUGCAGUUGCGUGCUUCAUCGCUGCUGGAGGCUCGAUUGGCAUUCAUUAGACGCUUGCUGACAGAGUCGCCGCUUAUUGAGGGUUCUUGGAAGCCGCCAAGUGAUAUAAAGCUGAACAGUAGUGGCAUGGCAGAAAUACGCCAAAAUCACAUUGGCGCCGUGCUCUGGCCGAUUACGGUGAAUUGUGGCGCGCAGUUUUUGGAUGCAGUGCAGCUGGCACUCGAAGGCAUCGACCAGGCCAAGCGUAUUACAGCUGCUACCACAUCGAUGCACAUUGUCGAGUCGGCUGAUGAGAUGGAACAAGCACACAUUAGAGGCGAGGUCGCUGUACUUAUGGGCAUUGGCGGCGGUCAUGCACUGGGCACCAGUCUAGCCGUACUUCGCUCCAUCUAUUUGCUGGGUGCUCGUUUCGUCUCUGUGACUAGCUUGGAAUGCACCACACCUUGGGCUGCUGCUGCCAUACGUAGACGUGAAUAUCUGGUGGAGGAAAAUGUAACCAAUUCACUCAAUGAUUUUGGCAAGACUAUGCUGUUUGAGAUGAAUCGCUUGGGCAUGUUGGUGGAGAUUUCACAGCUCAGUGAAUCGGCAAUGGUUAUUGCCUUACGCACAGCCAAGGCGCCUGUAUUGCUCAUGAAUGCUGCACCGCUAUCCCUAUGCAACAGUUCAAAUGUAGCCUCAAUUCCAGAUCAUGUACUCAGUUUGUUGCCUGAAAAUGGUGGGGUUAUCUUGCUGAACUUGGAACGCUGUGGUGAACGUCAGAUCAGUGUACGUGAGGCUAUACUGGCGAUCAACUAUGUAAGAAAGGUUGCGGGUGUGGAUCAUAUUGGCCUGGGUGGGGCUCCAAAAAGCUAUGCGCUUUUACUGGCUGAGUUGGCGCGCGAUCGUGUGUGGGGCAACGCAGCUAUAAAGAAACUGGUUGGUGGAAAUGUCAUGAGAAUUUUACGUGAAAUUGAGGCUUUAAAGAAUCGAUUGCCUUUAUAUGAAGAAUGGAUUCCACACGAAGCGAUUGAAAGUAAUUCAUAUUGCCGUUAUCCAGAGACCUAAGAUGUUCUUCCUUAAGUUUGUUGUGUUAUUUUAGUGCUUUCAUCAUUCUUGAUGUAUAUUCUACGCAAUUUUCUG